AUGGAGGCUUUCCCCUGGGCGCCCCGCUCGCCCCGCCGCGGCCGCGCCCCCCCGUCCAUGGCGCUCGUGCCCAGCGCCCGCUACGUGAACGCUCAGGGCCCGGCGCACCCGCAGCCCUUCAGCUCUUGGAACGACUACCUGGGACUCGCCACGCUCAUCACCAAGGCGGUGGACGGCGAGCCCGGCUUCGGGUGCGGCCGCGGCGAGGACGGCGUCGGCGGCUCCGGCUCCCCGCCCUCCUCCUCCUCUUCCUCAUCCUGCUGCUCCCCCCACGCAGGGCCCGGGCCCGGAGCGCUGGGGCCGACCCUGGGGCCACCAGAUUAUGAUGAGGAGGACGACGACGACAGCGACGAACCGGGGUCCCGGAGCCACUACCUGGGGGGAGCGCUGGAGCUGCGCGCGCUGGAGCUGUGCACGGGCCCCGCCGAAGCCGGGCUGCUGGAGGAGCGCUUUGCAGAGCUGAGUCCUUUCGCGGGUCGCGCCACGGCUGUUCUGCUGGGUUGCGCGCCUGCCGCCGAGGUGACGCCGCGCGAGGAGCGGGCCUCGGCGUGGGCAGCCGAGCCCCGGCUGCACGGAGCCUCCGGGGCGACGGCUGCCCGGCUGCUUAAGCCCGACCUGCAGGUGUGCGUGUUCUGCCGGAACAACAAGGAGGCGGUGGCGCUCUACACCACCCACAUCCUGAAGGGCCCCGACGGGCGAGUGCUGUGCCCGGUGCUGCGCCGCUACACGUGCCCCCUGUGCGGCGCCAGCGGCGACAACGCGCACACCAUCAAGUACUGCCCGCUCUCUAAAGUGCCGCCGCCGCCACCUGCCGCCCGCCCGCCGCCACGCAGCGCCAGGGACGGCCUGCCAGGCAAGAAGCUGCGCUGAGGGCUUGGGCUCUGACUGCUGGCACCUGACGCCACUAGUGUCGCCGCCGGCCGUCUCGCCCUUGGUU